AUGGCGCGGCUGGACUUGGAUGCACUGCUGCAUGUGGCGCCAGAGACAAUCGACCCGGAAGCUGGGUACGAUGAGGCAGGCGACGCUGCGUCUGUGCCGUCGGACGAUGAGGACGCGCCGACGCAGCCCGCACAGGCCCGCAAGCACUAUGUCGAUAUGGGGUCGAGCCGCCUGCGCAAGGCAAAGCUGACGGAUUCCGAGGCAUUGGCAGAUCCAAAGUAUAGCGGUGUGCGUACGUCGCGUGCGGCGAUGUUUGGCGAUGGAGAGGCCGAGGAGGACGAGGACGAGGACGAGGAGGAAGACGAGGAGAUCGACCUCGACGACCAAGACAUUGACGACGAUGAAGAGAUCGACAGUGACGAGGUCGACGGGUUCGACGGGGAAGAAGGCGAGGAGCUUGAGGACGAGGAAGAGGAGCAUGAGGACGACGAUAAAGAGGGUGACGACGACGACGACGACGAUGACGACGACGACGAUGACGACGACGACGACGACGUACCCGCUCCGCCGCGCGGCACAAAACGCACCGCCUCUGAUACUGAUGGCCCUACCCAAGAAGAGUCACAGGACUUUCUCACUCAAAUCCAUUCGCGUCAAGCCCAGGAUGCCAAAAAGGGCAAGCAAGUCCAAAAGCAAGUCCGGGCUUGGGAGCAAGCCCUGCGCAUGCGUAUCGCCCUGCAAAAGACGAGUGCCAUGAUCGCGCGCCUCCCCCCGGCCUCGUCUAUGGACGCGUACUUUGACGCAUCGCCCUCUACGCGCGAGCACCUCGAUGGGGCCGCAGUUGAGCUUGAGGAUAUUGCCAGCACGCUCCUCGACGUGCGUCUGCGCCUCUGGGAGCAAAACGUGCCUGCGCUGCGUGACGAACUUUCACAGCGUGUACACCGCGAGGCCAGUGGCGCCAAAGCGCUGAGCGAUCUCGAGGCGGCGCUCGACCCCCACCGCCGCAUGCUCCUGACGCGCUGGUCGAACAAGAUUGCGGCCGCGCCCGAGUCGCGCAAUGCCCCCGGCGGCCGUCUGCAAUUGCGUGCGAUGAACCAAGGCGUAGUCGAGCAGCUCGACCAGGCGCUCUCUGGCGACGGCCUCGCGCGGCUUGUCGAGCGUACGCGUGUCUGGCGCCCGACCGACGCCGAGCGUCUUGGCGUGGAAGCCGAGGACAAGGACGGGCGGUCUGCGCAGGACGUGGACGUCUUUGACGAUAGCGACUUUUACGCGCAGCUCCUGCGUGACCUGGUCGACAAUGCCGGCCUCGUGCAGGCUGGCACGUCCGCGGUCGCGAGUGAUGCGCUGCAUGCGCGCAAGAAGAAGCGCGCCGUCGACGUGCGUGCGAGCAAAGGGCGCCGCAUUCGCUACGAGAUCAUCGACAAGGUGCAAAACUUUAUGCCGCCGAUCCCCCGCACGACGUGGGACGAGGACCAAAUCCAGCGCUUCUUUGCGCGCCUCGCCGGUGCCCCUACCGAGGACGCAGAGGAGGAGGAGGCGGCGGAUGCCGAGCACGACGGAUUCCGCCUGUUUGCAUAG